GUACUUUGCAACCCUGUAGGAUACUGAUGAAACAAAUAGAAUUUUCACAGACAUGGAUAAUACAAGAACACAAGACACUUUUUCACAGUUAAGCCAGGAAAAGAUCCUCAGAAUUAUGAACAUGGUGAAAAAUAAAGAAGUGAGCAUUGAGGGGGCUUUGCAUUUGGCACAGAAGGAGGUGUAUACUGAGAAGGAUUCCCAGGAUUUGUUAACUGGAUCACAAUUUAACUUCAUUAUCUACAAAUACAAACACUAUCGGUGGCAGAAGCGAAUUUUGCAGAUUGAUUUCAACACAAGGACCAUUUUUAACAUUGAAAAAGGAAUUAUUAAGAAGCAGUUCCCUUUCUCUCAAGUCAAAGCCUGUGAAGACACUGAAAGGAGGCGCUUCAGCAUUGUGUUUCAUGGGCGACAAGAUUAUGAGCUGGAAGCUGUGUCUCUUGAUGAUAAAAGGAAGAUAAUAUACCUCCUGAGGAGAGUUUUACAGAGCAAUUCAUACAAGAGACCAGUGGAAUCCUGCUCUGGGAGACCUGCAGAAUGGGAUGUGAUACAUGAAGGGCUUCUGGAUUUGCAGCAAAACACUUUUGCAUCCACUGAAUGGGUGAAGUACUUGGUGCAACUACGUGAAGGAGAAUUGACUUUAUAUUGCAUAGGUCUGGGAGGAAAGAGCAGGACUACAGACCCUGGAGCCAACACAAUUAAUUUGUCAGGUGGGGAUGUGAGUGUCAGCAAGGAGAAUGGAUGCAGCACCUUUUCAGUUCAGACCAAAGAUCACAAUUAUUUGUUUCGAAUACCCUUUACUGUCCAAAACAGCAGGCCAGAGGAUGUUGGCAAGCUCCAGAAUGAGUGGGUGUCUCUCCUGGAAAGGUACUGUCAGCUGGGCCAGGGGGCCUCCCCACCUCAGGAGGGAUCUCAAGGAUGCACCUCCCCUGAAGGUGAUUAUGAGGAAUUUAUUGUACCUCUGAAUGAACAGAAAGAGGAGACUCUGCCCUUUGGUAUUCACAAAUCUGUCUGGGGAUCACGUGACCCAUGUAAGAAGAAAAUUGAUGUAUCCAGGCUCUGUGAACAGUUCCAGAUCCAGGACGCAGCAGUAUUUUCGGGCAAUGAGCCUUCAGUGAAUCAGCACAUCAUGUUAGACCGAAAAGUCGCACAUAACUUCAACAUUUUUCUUAAAAGUUUCCGUAUCAAACCAAGUGAGCUGAAAGAAAAACUGUACAUCAUACAUGAGGAGAGUGGUGGACUCACAGAUGAGCAGAUUACAGCACUAAGGAGAUACAUGCCAACAGCAAAAGAUGCAGAAAGGUACCAGUCAUUCAAGGGGUCGUGUUCAGAGCUGCACGUGGUUGACCAGUUUAUGUUAGAGAUGUGUAAAAUCCCUCACUUGGGCCAGAGGUUGGAUCUCCUGCUCACUGUUCGUGAGCUCCCUGAGAGCAUGAGAGAUUUGGAGCCUCUGAUAAACCAGAAGAUCCAAGCCAGUAAGCAGCUGCAAUCCAGCCAGAAGUUUGUUGCUGUUUUGGAGUACAUUUUAGCCAUUGGGAACCAUCUAAAUGAGAAGGCUGGAAAAGAGGUGGCGAGAGGAUUUCGAUUGUCGUCUUUGGCCAAAUUACCUCUGCUGAGGGGUAAAGAGAGGACGUUCACUUUGCUUCACGCCCUUGUGGAACAGAUCCUCUUACAUGAGCCUGAUCUGGCCACAUUUUCUCAGGAGUUGACAGAAUUUGAAGCUGUUCCUGAUGCUUCCAUGAAGGGCCUCAGUGCUGAAGUUGAUGGUAUGUAA